UGACCUGAGGAAUGUUAACAAUGCAGCGAGUGUCCAACUUUGUGCUGCAUUUCUGAUCCUGCUGCAGUCUGCGGAGAAAAUGGAGGCUCGUUUCAUCACAUUUACCCUCUUUCUCCGUCCUCACUGAGCUCCUCGGGUUUUUCUAUGCGCUCUUCAACCGAGAAACAGGAUUUAUUCUCCAAACUGAGGUUAUUCUCGCUCUCUUCUUCUUCUUGUUCUUCUUCUUCUUCUUCUAUCCCAUGGCGGGGACUGGCAGCAUCAUGGUCUGGCUGCGCGGCGCCCUCGUGACCGGCUGCAUUUCCUGGAAUAAGUUGGAACCUGAGCCUUGAAAGCCACACCAUGGCAUGCCUGUAGUUCCUCACCUUCAUCCAGCAUCUCCAGAAUCUACAGCAUCUUCAGAAUCACAAAGAGAGACGCAGACAAACCGAGGACGACUCCCAAAUCUCCCAACGUUUUUUCGCAGCCAGUUUGAAAGGAAUCUUUUUUUGGAGGGAGUGUAAGUGUGUGUGUGUGUGCUUCCCUUUUUUAGAGUAGGUGCCUGCCCUGGGCACUGAGGCCAUGAGGCCCAAGACUUUCCCAGCGGCCCCGUAUGUGGGCAACACUCGGCAGAGGCUCCAGGAGAUCAAGGAGGGCCUGAAGCAGCCGGCCAAGCUGGUGAGCCAGGCGUUUCAUGGCGGCAGCUCGCGGUCCGACGGCAGCAGAGCGGCCGACUGCAAGAGCGGGAAAGACGCGGCCAGCCGGCAGCAGCAGCUCAGACCCCCGCAGAAGUUCAACAACUACCAGAAUGCCCUGCGAGAAAUCCGCAAGUCCCUCAUGCCGUUCGACAAGUUCGGCCCUUCUUCCGGGUCGGGACACCCUGCCGGCGCCGGGGAGGUGAACCGGCAGAUGCUGCAGGAGCUGGUGAACACCGGCUGUGACCAGAUGAUCGAGGGCUCCUCCAUGAAGCGCUACGACUCCAUCCAGAAGCUUCUGAACGAGACGAGCCACCUGAAGCAAGCGAUGAGCGCGGCCGACCGCCUGCGCCUGUUCCCCACGCUGCACCGCCUCAACUCCAGCAAGAGGGCGGCGCCGCAGCCCAUCUGCUCCCUGAAGGAGGAGGCCGAGGAAGAGGUGCAGGACACACGCCUCUGA